AUGGCUCAAUGGGCAAUUUCUCUAGAAUAUCCUAUAAAGUCCGUCGGAACUGAAUUCAGCCUAUUUGCCUACGGCGAAGGAAUACCUGGUCUACGUGUCUUUGCGGUAAAUGGCAAGUCUCCCGAGAAAAGAUAUUUGAGCUUGACAAGAAAACGUGCCUAUCUAAUUGAUUAUACAGGCUUCGCUGCUCUCGGUAACAUCUCGAUGUCUAAGGGACUCAACACCGCGGACUUCAAAGGUAGUACUUAUUCUGGCUUAGUGGGAAUUCCCAGUGGCCAUGCCAAUCGCCCGGCCAACUGGAUGGUAUAUAGUGAUGAUUUGAGUACCGGGACUCCGGAGACUGCUUUCAUUGGUGCUGAGAAUGCAUUCACGGGCCCGUGGCUGGCUUUGAUUAAAACUAGCGAUGGGGCUCGACCAGUCGGAUUCGUUUCAAAUGUUACAACAGAACCAGGUGCUAUGACGGAUGUUUGGUGGUUAUAUGAGAAGUAUGUCGAAGUUGCCCCAGAGAAUAAGUCUGAUGUGGCAUUUUCGGCCCGUCAACUCGAGGGAGCUGCCAUAUGGCAGUUAAUGUGGAGUGAAGCCACGGCCCAUACACCGGAUGAUAUUUCAAUCACUUUGCGGUCAAUAGGGCCAGCAUCUAAUACCGUCAUGCGUAAUUAG